AUGAGGAUAUCUGAAUGCAGUAAAAAGGAAUAUCGUGCUACAAAAGAGUCCAGGCCACACCAUAUUAGGAGGAUGCCUUCUGCUACUGUACCUCAGGUGAAGAAAAUGCGCUUGUCUUUAAAACAAAAACGUAAAGACGCAACUCUGUGCAUGAAUGAACCCUCUGAAGGCAAAGGUGGAGCUACUGAGCAAUAUGAUACAGAACCUCAAACCAAUGAUAUCAAUACAACAGUUGAAGAAUCAAAGAUAACAGAAAAGGAAGAUGCACCAGGAGCAUUGGAAAAUGGGUCUGGGGACUCAGAACCUCCUCCCUGUGUAGCUGGCCUAGCAAAUCUAGGGAACACAUGUUUUCUGAACAGUGUUAUCCAAGUGUUGCGCUAUAGUCCUGGGGUACCUGAAGCUAUCAGUGUACUUGCUCGAGAUGUUCGUGCUAUGUCUAAAGCUAAACUUGCAAAGGCAAAAUCUGAAAAAGUUGAUCAGAGUGGUUCAGGGGAUGUGUCACUUCAGGCCCAGCUUGUUGAGUCACUAAACAAAAUGUUUCAACGAAUGGAGAAUACAGAAAACAAGUACAGGCAUGGAGAGGCUCAGCUGUAUGUGUCGAAACCCAAGAAGAUAUUAGAGAUCAUCAGUGAGUUGAACCCAAUGUUUGAGGGUAACGAGCAGCAUGACGCACAGGAACUACUGAACUGCCUCUUAUACUACAUCCAAGACACUUGUAGUCAACUCCAACAACAUAUGAAUGGUGGCAAUGAUGACACGGCAACCAACAGUCAGGAUGAUGAGAACAAAGAAGACAAACCUGAUACGAUUUUUCACUUAGGCGACGAGGAGAUCACUCAUUGUGAAGAGGAUAAACUUGAACACCAAAAACCUGAAGAAAGUCCUUUGAAAACAGCCGCCGGGGAUUCGACUUCGCUUGAUCAAGUUGAGCAUAAGACUCCAACAAAAACUGAAUCAGAUUCUGAGAGUAAGACUCCUGUAACUCCCAAGGCUGAUGGUGAAACUGCCACAACAAAUGCAGACAAUGUCAUGAGUGAAAAUGGCACCAAUCUUCUUCCUAAAGAUGGGACACCUAUCAAAGUACAUGUACAGAUUGAAAGCCCUAGAAGGUUUACAAGCAUGUCCAAAAUGCCAAAGAUCACUCCGUCUCCAUCUAAAUGUAAGAAGUUAAAGCUUUGUGAGGUUCUGAAUGAAGAUGUCACUAAAGACAAGAUUCCUGAUAGUGAUAUCACUCUGAGAGAUUGCCAUAUGGAAGUGACAACAGCAAAUACCAAGGCUGUUACUGGAGGAGUAACAAUUCUAGAAAAAUAUGCUAAAAGUCCUAAAAGUGUUCUUUCACCUUCCAAUAGCCAUGUCAACACUUCUAGAACGGGUGUCAUAUCUUCCAAAAAUGAUAUCAGUUCACCUGAAAAAGAAGUCAAAUCUUUCAAUAAUGAUGUCAAAAUACCCAAUGAUGAUGUCAAGGACAUCAAAUGUGAUGGCAACACAUCAAAAGACACUAACCAUGAAGAGAAUGACACUAAAGAGACCAAUGAUGAAAACAAUGCCAUUGACUCUGAGUCAACCAUUGACAAUUCAAGACGUCCUAAGAGAAAGCGAUCGCAAAAAUCAGGGAAUGAUUCCAAUGAAAGUGCUACUAAAUCAAAGAAGACAGAAUCAAAACGAAAAUCAAAUGGGAAAAAUGAUGCAACACAAACAUCAUUAUUGAGCAUGUGGAAACAACCUCAAAUGAAGCGAUAUGGAAUGACUGGUGGAAUUGUAAAACAGGAGACUUGUAACAGCCCAGUAUGUAAGCUUAAACAGCCAGUUUUGAAGUUAGAUAAAUGUGAUCGGCCAAUAUUGCCUGUUUUAAAACUUGAAAAAUGUGACGGUCCCAAUUCUCCACACAGGAUGCAUUGCGAUACAUUGAGUCCGGCUUCAGACGUGAAAAUUAAACUUUUUGAUAGUCGCCCAGAGCCAAAGAGGGAAAAUCGUAAGAUAAAGCCAGCUACCGUUAAAUUAGAAAAACUUGAUGAAAGGAGUUUGAGUCCUGUUUUGAAUUUAGAAACAAGUAAACUGAAAUGUGAAAGCUCACCAAAAUGUGAAACUAUGAAAUGUGAAAGUCCUGUGAAAAAUGUGAAACAGGAAUAUGAAAGUUUCGAAAAUUCAAAUUCCUCAGGAUGUGAAGAAACUCCGAAGUUGCAAGAACAAUUAUUGGACAACAAGACAAAGAAAAAAACAGAAGAGAAAAUUGAUAUCAAAACAGAAUUAAAAUCCCCAACCGCCAAAAUUAACAACAAGGAAAUCAAUAAUAAUGCAGUGAAAACAUCUGAAAUGGAUGAAAAGGAAAACCAACCAACUGCAUCAGAAAAUGAAAACAGACAAAUGCCGAACAACAUUAAAAUCACAAAUAAUAUUCAAAAACUCUUCUCAAUUUUCAAAAACAUUGGGAAAAAGAAAGAAAUUAUGUACAGGAAUACAGUGAAGACAUUAUUUGAAGGGAAAAUGGGUUUGAGUACAGUCUGUCUGGAGUGUGAGAGGUCCACAGAGAGAGAAGAGGAGUUUCAGGAUAUCAGUGUUGCUGUGAAGAGGGAUGUUCAGAAAGUACAGACUGUUGAAGAGAAUGUUGCUGAGGGAUAUAAAUCUGAUGAUGAUGAGGAUGACACUUCAGAUGCUACUGGGUGGAUCCUUUCGAGACUCAGUGAGGUAGAUGGUCUGACAGGGGACAAUAAAUACUACUGUGAGGCCUGUUUGAGACUGGUGGAGGGACAGCGGAGAAUGAAAUAUAAAACGCUACCUCAGCUACUCAUGCUACAUUUGAAACGAUUUGCAGCAAAUUCUGGUUUUCUUGGUGGUAUUACAAAGAUCAGUGAUUUUGCCCCCACUCCUUUGAUGCUCCCAUGUUUCCAGACUGCAUGUCCUCAACCUUGCAGUAAACAAGGACACAGGUAUGAGUUAUACGGCAUAGUGACUCAUACAGGAUGUACCCUUUCAUCAGGUCACUACAUAGCAUAUGUUAAAGCUAAUAAAUCCAAUUUCCCACCACCCACCCCAUCACCACCAAGCCGAAUAAGAGAGCAAUCAUCACGCAUCAGCCAUCGUAAACUCACCCCUAAAGGUGAAACUCAAAAACUCCAGGACAAAAGUAAUGCUCAGGUUACAGAGGGUGUGACAAUGGAUGUUGAUUACACAGGAAAGUGGUUUGAAUGUGAUGAUGAGUAUAUAACUGUAUUAACAGAGACAGAGUUAGAGGAUAAACUGCUGACUAAACAAGCCAAAGACUAUGGAAGUCCAUAUAUGCUGUUCUAUAACAGAGCUGCUGAAAUGAAAUAGAUUGAUAUAGGGAUUAUUUGAUGGAAGUGAAUAUAUAUGGCUUUUAUUCUGAGGUAUGAUAUAUGAAGACAGUGGGAGUUCUUACAUGCAGUUCUAUAACUGAGCUGCUGAAACUAGAUAGUUAUAGGGAUUAUUUAAUGGAGGGAAUAAAUAUGGAUUUUAUUUUGAGGUAGGAUAUAUAAAGACUAUGGAAGUUCAUAAAUGUUGUUCUAUAAAAGAGAACUAAAUAUAUUAGGCUAAUGGAAGGGAGUAAAUAUAUGGAUUUUAUUCUGAGGUACCAAGGAAUACAUCAUAUUGAUGGAGGGUAUACUUGUAAGUGGCAUGAUAUUUUCAGUGGUUGAUGUAUACAUGUAUUAUCCUAAUAUAUAAAAUUCCCAUUCAAAAAUAGACCAACAUGUAUAUAUCGAACUAGAUAACCGCAACGCCAAAGCGUAGCAAAUC